GUGACGUAUUUUUCCAGCGACAGCAAAACAGAAAAUAUUUGUCUGACAAUUUUAUAUUAAUUUGGUGGGGGGGUUUUUGUAAGAGGAUAAAACGUAAUGGCGUUAGAAACUGUUCCUAAAGACCUUCGUCAUCUGCGGGCCUGUCUGCUGUGUUCCCUCGUAAAGACCAUUGACCAGUUUGAAUACGACGGCUGUGACAACUGUGAGUCGUACCUUCAGAUGAAGGGGAACCGCGAGAUGGUUUAUGAGUGCACGAGUUCAUCAUUUGACGGAAUAUUUUCUCCUCCCCUUGUGUUUUCAGAGUCAUCGCCCAUGAUGAGUCCUGAGGACAGCUGGGUCGCUAAGUGGCAGAGAAUAGGUAACUUUAAACCCGGCGUUUACGCAGUGUCGGUGACGGGAAGAUUACCACCAGGUGUGGUGAGAGAGCUGAAAAGCAGAGGAGUCAUCUACAAAUCCAGAGACACGGCGGUGAAGACGUAAACCCGGUGACUUCAACUUAGUGAUUUACUGCAGAACCCAUGAUGGCAAGACGUCAGGAGAAUGUUCACCAGCUGCUCCUUUUAUCUGGACUUUAAAUAUUAUAGGUCACAAAAGAGCAAAAUCCUGAUCUUUUCAGUACUGUGGUGUUUUUUUUUUUUUUAAACCUGGUGUCCACGUUCACUGGUUCCAAAUUUAAAUAACACCACGAGGUGCUAAAAUGGGUUUUGUGGGUGUCGCCGGUGAUUUGAACUGUAUUUCAUUAGUGUGUCUUCAGAAACUGUUUUUCUCCUGAUUAGAAAUAUUUUGGUGAGUCAUUAUGAAAGUGGUAAUUUUUUGUUACUGUUAUUUUGAAUAAUUGAUGGAAAAUAAAGUUUUGCUUUUGUUUAAUUUCA